UCAGAAUGGUGUUAUUUCACCUAGCGAAUUUAAACUUAUUGCCUGAUAAAAAUUGGUAAUUUAUUAUCAGAAAAUUAAAUGAGUAAAUAAAAAUAGUUGAACAAAUUACUGAACAAAUCAAUGCACUUAGCGUUUUUAUUAUUUAAAGGUUUACCCUGUGAAUCUAAUGUUUCACUCGCAGGCAUUGAUGUGCGAGUGUGAUCGGUGAAAGGGCACUACAGGUUCAUUGCUAAAGCUUUAUCCCGUAGGCUGCAACAUCGAUUGUCGUACCUUUUUCUCCAUGAGAUAUGGCCAUAGUCUCACCUUCUCCAUUACCAACUUCUCAAUUUUCACUUUCUUGGUAACUCGAUCCUUCUGCAGCAAGGCCAGGGCAAACCGUUACGCAUCCCUCCUUCAAUUAUGUUGCCUUCAAAGUUCCAUAUCUUGUUCCUUCGACCGUGCUGUACAUGCCCACAUGAUAGCUUCUGGGUUCAGGCCACGUGGCCACACCCUCAACCGUUUGAUCAAUAUUUAUUGCAAAUCAUCGAAACUCGCUUACGCCCGCCACCUGUUCGAUGAAAUUCCACAGCCCGACAUUGUUGCAAGAACUACGUUGAUCUCUGCGUACUCUGCCAUUGGGGAUUUAAAGCUUGCGAAAGAAAUAUUUAAUGGAACUCUGUUACUUAUGCGAGACACUGUUUUCUACAACGCCAUGAUUACUGCCUACUCACACAAUAAUGAUGGCCAUGCGGCUAUCGAAUUAUUUCGUGACAUGAGAAGAAAUGACUUUAGCCCUGAUAAUUUUACCUUUACCAGUGUCAUUGGUGCAUUGGCGCUUGUGGCUGAAAAUGAAAGGCAUUGCCAGCAGCUGCAUUGCGCGGUGGUGAAGUCAGGGACGGGUUUUGUUACUUCGGUGUUGAAUGCGCUAAUAUCUGCUUAUGUUAAGUGUGCAUCCUCACCGUCUGUGUCAUCGUCGUCAUUAAUGGGCGCAGCUAGGAGAUUGUUUGAUGAUAUGGUCGAGAGAGAUGAGUUGUCAUGGACCACUAUUAUUACUGGGUACGUGAAGAAUGAUGAUCUUGACGCAGCAAGAGAAUUUUUUGAUGGGGGUGGGAUGUGUGAGGAAAUGGUGGUGGCGUGGAAUGCGAUGAUUUCGGGCUACAUGCAUCGUGGUUUAUAUAAAGAAGCACUAGAGAUGUUUAGGAAGAUGUAUUUAUCAGGAAUGCGUUUGGAUGAAUUUACAUAUACUAGUAUUAUUAGCGUUUGUGCGAAUGCUGGUUUCUUUCAGCUUGGUAAGGAAUUGCAUGCUUACAUUUUAAAAACUGAGGUCAACCCUUCACCAGACUUUUCAUUGCCCGUGAAUAAUGCAUUGGUCACUUUAUACUGGAGAUGUGGUAGAGUUGAUGAGGCCCGAGAAAUAUUUAAUUAUAUGCCUGUGAAAGACCUUGUAUCAUGGAAUGCACUUUUAUCUGGCUAUGUGAAUGCUGGGCGGAUAAAUGAAGCUCAAUCCUUUUUUAAGGAGAUGCCUGAGAAAAACAUAUUGACGUGGACUGUAAUGAUAUCGGGCUUAGCUCAAAAUGGGUUUGCGGAAGAAGGUCUGAAGCUGUUCAAUCAGAUGAAAAUAUUAGGUUUUGAACCAUGCGAUUAUGCAUUUGCAGGAGCAAUUACUUCUUGUGCUGUGCUUGGAACAUUGGAGCAUGGUCGACAGCUCCAUGCUCAACUAAUCAGGUUUGGGUUUGAUUCAAGUCUUUCAGCGGGAAAUGCACUCAUAACAAUGUAUGCAAGAUGUGGUGUUGUUGAAGCUGCAGAGUCUUUGUUCCUUACUAUGCAUUGUGUUGAUUCUGUAUCAUGGAAUGCCAUGAUUGCAGCACUGGGGCAACAUGGCCAUGGCAUUCAAGCAAUUGAACUCUUUGAAGAGAUGUUGGCCGAAGGCAUAUUGCCUGAUCGGAUAUCCUUUCUUACAGUACUCUCUGCUUGUAGCCAUGCAGGUUUAGUUGAAAAAGGUCACCAUUAUUUCAAUUCAAUGUAUUCUGUUUAUGGUAUAACCCCGGGUGAAGAUCAUUAUGCCCGUGUUAUUGAUUUGUUAUGUAGAGCUGGAAAAUUCACAGAAGCAAAGAGUGUGAUGGAGUCGAUGCCUUGUGAGCCUGGUGUUUCCAUUUGGGAGGCUCUUCUUGCUGGCUCUCGGAUACACGGGAUCAUGGAUAUCGGCAUUAAAGCUGCUGAGCGGCUCUUUGAGCUGAAGCCUGAACAUGAUGGAACGUAUGUGCAGUUGUCAAACAUGUAUGCUGUAGCAGGCAGAUGGGUUGAUGUGGCCAAGGUGCGGAAGUUAAUGAGGGACCGCGGGGUGAAGAAGGAGCCUGGUUGUAGUUGGCUUGAGGUUGAAAGUAUGGUCCAUGUCUUCUUGGUUGAUGAUGCUGUGCACCCUGAAGUGCAUGCAGUUUACAAUUAUCUUGAUCAGCUGGACCAGGAAAUGAGAAAACUAGGUUAUGUUCCUGACACAAAGUUUGUGUUGCAUGACAUGGAAUUUGACCAAAAAGAAUAUGCCUUGUCUACUCACAGCGAGAAGCUUGCAGUUGCUUUUGGGCUUAUGAAACUUCCCCGUGGAGCCACUGUCAGGGUUUUCAAGAACCUUAGGAUAUGUGGCGAUUGUCAUAAUGCUAUCAAAUAUAUGUCAAAGGUUGUGGGAAGGGAAAUUGUUGUGAGAGAUGGAAAGAGGUUUCAUCACUUCAGGAAUGGUGAAUGCUCUUGUGGUAAUUAUUGGUAAACAGUUUCUAAUAAAAUAUGAGAUAGUUAAGGUUCAAAUUGGCUUUUGAUGGAAUUCUGAAGUACAGCCUUUCCUUCAACUGUAUUUCAAAAGUUACAGGGGGAAUUUUUGUGAGAUAUAGGUUUCGUCACUUCAGGGAAGGCAAAUUGCAAUUCUUGGUAACAGCUUUCUGUUAAAAUCUGAGACUGUUAGGACUCAAAGCAGAAAUUUGUUUGGCUUUUGGUGGAAAUUGCUAAAUGCAAUCUUGCUAGUUGUCAUCAAGUAUACAACUAAGGUCCUUUUUCUCCCUAUCCAUUUAUUUUCAGAGUUUCCUUCAAUAUAAAAAGUAGAAGCUCAAGAAGAAGUAACUUAACAUACCAUCUGCAAUAUGAUGAUUAAUUUUAUCCAAUACCUACUUGACAUUUUGGCAUUGUAACUGAAGGGAAGCUUAGCACUGCUUGGUGUUAAAGUUUUUUUCUCAAGUAAUGCAUUGCAAGCAUCAUUUCUACCCAUUGCAACGAUUGCAUAACUUGUAGCUUUGGUGACUCGGGAGUAAGAAAGCUCUUUGUCAUUGCAGAAAGCAUGAGAACUAUCAGAAAAAGUUUUUGGAUUACCAAUUCCAGAAAAACGCCUCUUAUGGAUUUGAUUUGUGCCCUAUUUUCGUAACUAGGAUUGCAGUCUUCAAAGCUUGCUAAUGAGAUGGUUGCUUUGACCCUGCUCCUCCAUCUUGAAGGCUAUAGAUGAUGCAGUUAAGGAUGGAGUUAUAAUUUCCAUUUCUAUUGGGAUGAGUUUAAUUUUUCAGUUUGAUUAUCGUAAUGACCCAUAGCAAUUGGUGCAUUUAAUGCACAGUGAAUGGGUAUCUUGGUAUCUAUUCGGACGGAAAUGAUGGACCUGACCGUUACACUAUAUCAACUCUGCUUUGUGGGCUUUUACUGUUGCAGCUUCUAAUAUUGACAGAGAUUUCCAAUCUGCUGUCUUUUGUGGAAUGGGAACUCCAAAAAUCCAACUGCAAAAAUCCUUCCAGCGGCUGAUGUUCUACCGUAUAAACCAGCAUCAGUUGUUGCGUGGUUCUCUUCCAGGGGCCUGGUUAGCUUACAAGAAAACAUUCUGAAGGUUAUUCUCGGUUCAUAAACGUUCAACUUUACAUGAAUAGGAUAAGUGGACUAUGCAGUUGAUGGCUUUGCAUUUAGUUGCCAUUUUAGCUGCCAUGAUUUCUAAAAUGAAGCAGGAAGUAUUCUACUGGGACAUCAACGGUUGGCCCCCAUGCAACAGGUGCCAUUGCAUUCAUAAACUCUAUUCACCGUUUAUGGAGAUCUUCCAUGAUCAAAUGUGCAGUGCAAUAGUGGAUAAAUCUUUCAAGGUUGAAAUAUCUUCAAGAGUUAUUCAAUGCAUACAGUUUCCCGUUCUUACAUUCAUACAGUCAUUGCAGCAGAUGUAUUUAAUAAUUUUGCAGAAAAAGUGCAAACUUUGAUAUUUUGUCUUUCUUUCUGCCAACCUUCUAUAACUACUUGGGAACCCUUUACAUGCAGCUCAUAUUGAAAUUCAAGUCCACAUGAGAUGGGAGUUGGAGAAAUAAACCCACUCAAAGCUCUUACUCCUGGAUUAGUUUUUGAAAUAACGACAGAAUAUCAUCUUCAAUUGUGUGUUAUUUUGGGUACUCUCAUAACAUAAGAUCCAUGCAAAAAACAAACUUUUCAACUGUCGAAGAAUCAGCUUCGACAAAUUCAUCUCCAACAUUAAUUACCCAUCAAUAUCUAUUAGCAAGCUUGACAGACAUCAAGUUGCCCAGACGUUAAAAAGAAUUGUAACAUAUGUGGGAACUCCAAAUGCUACAUGCAUAGAGUGCAAGCCCCGGAGGCUCUAGUGGUGAAGGUUCUACAAGAGAAGCUUAUUUUCAAGGAGGCGUCAUCAAGAUUGUCUUCAAGGUCUCCUUUAAUGGCAAGAUGGCUCCAAGAGGAUACAACUUUAGGUCUGUGAUGGAUUGGUGGUAGACAUUCUCAUUCUGUUACGUCUAGUAUCCAUAGUAAAUGUUGAAUAGCAAUAACAGACAAGUGACAUUGGAGGGGCAAAGAAAUCGGAAGUACAAUUUUGAAUCAUACUAUUUGUAAGAGUAAAGAUAAUGAUUAUUGAUGCUAUUUUAUUCUAUUUAUUAGUAAAAGGAAAUUGAAC